GACACAGAUACAGGGCCGAACAUAGAACACUUCCCAACAGUCGCAUCAGCGUCCCGCCACAUCAUUCAUUAAUUUCAACAAUCUUCACUUAUUCAGUGUUUUGUCUGAUCGUCCUUUGUUCCCCGAAAUUCAUUUCGCUUCACGAGCACCUCAUAAGUCAUUUACUUUACUCUCUCGCCAGUAAAGGAACCCAAUUCGAUGGAAGUGGAGAAAGGGAAAGGAUCCAACGUGUCAGAUAUUCAGGGUGAAGAUGAGCUCGACGAGGAACCCGGGGAGGAAAUUGAAUCAGCUCCGCCUCUCAAGGUGGGCGAGGAGAGAGAGUUGGGUAAUACUGGUAUCAAGAAAAAGCUCCUAAAAAAUGGUAUCCAUUGGGAAACGCCUGAGUUUGGCGACGAAGUCACCGUUCAUUUUGUGGGUACUUUGCUUGACGGGACAAAGUUUUGUUCCACAAGGGAUAAUGGUGAACCAGUGACGUUUAAGCUUGGUGAAGGUCAAGUGGCCUGUGGUUUGGAUCAUGGAAUUGCAACUAUGAAGAAGGGGGAACGCGUAUUGUUCACGUUGCCUCCAGGUUUUGGUUAUGAAUCUGAAGGUGGUGAAGGCAUCCCACCUGAUUCUAUUAUACAAUUUGAUGUAGAACUUCUUUCUUGGAUAACGGUGGUGGAUAUAUGCAAAGAUGGUGGUAUCAUUAAGAAGAUUAUGGAGAAGGGAGAGAGGAAUGAACGGGCUAGUGAUUUAGAUGAAGUUCUUGUCAAGUAUCAAGUGGCGCUUGUUGAUGGGACUAUUGUUGCAAAAACUCCCGAAGAAGGAUAUGAGUUCUAUGUGAAAGACGGUCAUUUUUGUUCUGCAUUGACAAAAACAACCGUAACAAUGAAAAGGGGAGAGAAGGUUAAACUAAUCGUUCAACCUAAGUAUGCUUUUGGAGAGAAGGGGAAGGAUACCACUGAUGGGUUCCCAAGUAUCACUCCAAAUUCAGUUUUGAACAUUGAAUUGGAAUUGGUGUCUUUCAAGCCUGUUAUUGAUGUUACUGGUGAUUCUAAGGUAUUCAAAAAGAUUUUGAAAGAGGGAGAGGGUGCUCUUGUUGCAAAUGAAGGUGCUGCAGUAACUAUUAGCUAUACCGCUAGGUUAGAAGAUGGUACUGUAUUUGAGAAAAAGGGAGUUGAUGGAGAGCGGCCAUUGGAAUUUAUAACAGAUGAAGAACAAGUGAUUCCGGGUUUGGACCAAGCAGCAGCAACAAUGAAGAAGGGGGAACGAGCAUUGUUGACAGUUAGUCCAGAGUACGGUUUUGGUAGUGUUGUAGCAGAGCGGGAUCUUGCUGUAGUCCCACCUUCUUCAAACCUAAUCUAUGAAGUUGAAAUGUUGUAUUUUGUUAAGGAAAAAGCCCCAUGGGAACUUAAUAGUAAAGAGAAAAUUGAGGCUGCUGGGGUAAAGAAAGAAGAAGGGAAUAUACUCUUUAAAAAUGGGAACUACCAACGAGCGGGAAAAAAGUAUGAUAAGGCUGUGGACUAUGUCAGUGAAGAUGGACUCUUUCGGGAUGAUGAGCAAAAAUUAGUGAAAGCAUUGAGGAUUUCUUGCUGGUUGAAUGGUGCAGCAUGUAGCCUCAAACUAAGUGAUUUCCAGGGGGCAAUCCAGUUAUGUUCCAAGGUACUAGAUUUCGAGUCCCACAAUGUGAAAGCUCUGUAUAGGCGGGCACAAGCCUACAUGGAAAUUUCAGAUUUACUUUCAGCUGAAUUUGACAUCAAGAAAGCUCUUGAGGCUGACCCCCAAAACAAGGAGGUAAAGCUACUUCAGAAGACACUGACACAACUCCAAGUUGAAAGCAACAAGAGGGAUGCUAAACUCUUUACCAACAUGUUUGCACGUGUGUCGAAGGACCCAUCUGUGCCCAUAAAGAAAUUGAAGGUUGAGAAACCAGAGCAUGAGAAGAGUGUUGAUGUUGCAGCAGCCUCAGUGGAAACGGAAUGCAUGGGUGAGCCUUCAACACCUUCUGAAGAUAGAAUGGCCGUUGAUCAGAGUUGAGAAAAUGGAUAAUUUUAGAAUAUCCAUAAAAUCACAAUUUUAAGAAGUUUUUGAAGGUACUUUUUAAAGAAGAUAA